AACGCUUUAGUACGUGUUUUGAACGCGUCGCGUACGAAACUAAUAAAAAGGAAAAGCAAUAUUUGCAAAGAAAGGAUAUUGGAAAUUUUAUUUUCAAAUCCGACAGCUUCGAGUUUUCCGGUCUACGUUAGUGUGCGUGUGUGCGGGUGAAAGUUUUCGAAUUGAAAAUAAAGAAAAAUAAAACGGUUAUGAAUUUAGUGAUUCCAGUCAGGUUUAAAUACUUUAAGAAUAAAUAAAGUUUAAAAUCGAGAUGUUUAAAAUUUACGUUUAUAUGAAUAUAUAGCGAAUAUACAUACAUACAUAUGUACAUAAAUAUUUCAAAUAUAUGUGUGUGUGAUAAAUAAAACAUAAGUACUUGCAAACGCUGUUAUCAGUUUCAAAAAAGUUGUGCUUAUAUUUCGUUCGUGUGUGUUUAAAUAAAAAUUGAAUGAAUCGCAUGAAUGUGUGAACCACCAAUGAAUUGCGCGCAGACUAAAUGUAAUCCGCAAAAAAAAAUUAUAUUUUAACCUAAAAAAGUGAAAUAAAAUAAGCCAACAUCGAAAGUGCUUUGGAAGGAUUUGAGAAAUAAGAAAAAUUUUCAAUUAAUCCAAAAAAAAUGCUAAGCAAAAAAUUUGCCAGAAUGCCGGGCAACAAGUGCUCGAUUUUAUUGUUCGUAUUGUUGUUGGCUGUUCUCAGUGCGAGUGUGGGCGCAUUUCAUAUCAUCGCUUUGAAUCGCCAAUACGAAUAUGAGUAUGUCGGUACGGUGGCAGUUGGUGCAAAGGCACCACAAGAAGAUGAACAUCCGGCUCCGCCAACUUCCGGUUGGAUUGUGCGCGGCAAGUUGACGUUACAACGACAAACGGCCAACGUUUUAGCCGCAGCGCUUGUCAUCGAUGAUAUAACACUAAAUAAUUCCGGUGAGAAAUUCCUGCAGAAUAAGGAAAUGUAUCCACCCUACAAACCCUUCAAAAUCGUACUCACAAAGGACGGCACCGUCUCACAUCUCUUCUUCAAAGAAGCAGAUCCUAUUUGGUCGACGAAUUUCAAACGUGCCAUUGCAUCUAUACUUCAAUUUCAAGUUGAAUCUACCGGCGCUUUCGUCGUAGAUGAGAUCGGCAUACAUGGCAAAUGUUCGACAGAGUAUUUCGUCUCGAACAAAACCAAUUACAUUUCCAUACGCAAAACACCGGAAUUGAAGAAUUGCACACCCUUUUCGGAAGCCAUACACGUGACACGCAGCAAUGUGCCCUCGAAUACGUGUGAAUUCGACUUUCAAAAGAAUGUCAUCAUCGGCAACGAAGCCAUUUAUGGCAUGUUACCACACCCAGUGACUGGCUACUUCCUCAGCAUGGCUCAUGUGAAGGGCACAACUUUGAUACACACAUUUGAGUCGACGGGCGAGGCGCAAUUUAUCAACUCGGAACUCUUACUCAAUUUCUUGAAUGAGACCUCUCUGGACAAUCCCAUCGAUAUUGAGACUUCCAUGUGCUCUGAGAUAUCGGGCCUUGAGCUAUUACCCAUCGAUAUUAACGAUCCGACAGGUGGUCGCAAUCCGCAGCUGCAAGAGUCAUUAAUGACAGCCGCAUCCAGCAUGUUGAACAGCCUUGCAGAGGGUCUGGAAAAUUCUGAGCUACAAUUUGGCGAACCUUAUGACACGGCGGUUUCUGAUUUGAUAAAAGUGCUCUCCGAAAUGGAUUACGAUUCGGUGAAAAAACUUUAUAGAGAUGUGGAUAUAGGAACUUCGUACCGGCAAGAGACUAUAAGGAAUAUUUUUCACGAGAUUAUACCGCGUAUCGGCACUAAAGCGUCUGUAUUUUUAACGCGAGAUUUGGUGCUGGAGAAAGAUCUUAAGUCUACGAUUGCAGUGCAACUUUUAAUUUCAAUACCCUUCCAUAUAUUCGAGCUGUCACUGGAAUUGGUGAAAGAAUGCGAGGUCUUUUUGACAUUGGGCCCUGAUCGCCCAGACGUGCACCAAGCGGCAAUUUUGAGUUUCUCCACAUUGGUACACAACGUUUUCAUGGCUGGCCGCAUUAAUAAGGACGUUUUUGAGGAAUAUGUACAAAAAUACUUUAAUCUCUAUUUGAAUAGUCGUGACUAUGAACUAAAAAUGCUGUACCUACAAGGCCUAAGCAAUCUGCAGGUGGGCAACGUAGCCAACUACCUGGAUCCCAUUGUUAGUGAUCCGAAUGAAAAUGAGGAUAUCAAAUUCUUGGCUGCUUGGGCGACCCUCUCGCUAGCCACCGAACGCGCAGAACGGAUCUAUGAAAUAUAUUGGCCCAUCUUUGAAUCACGCAAUGCCAGCUUGGAACUGCGUGUCACUGCUGUUACUCUUCUACUUAUUUCAAAUCCGACAGCAGCACGUCUUAUCAGUAUUCAUCGCAUCAUACAAAGUGAAACAGAUCCGCAUAUGAUUAACUAUUAUCGCACCACCAUUACGAGUAUAUCCGAGACGACUUAUCCUUGUUAUCAACAUCUCCGCCGUCUGCUCUCGUAUAUGCAUAGACAUUUACCACAAAAGCCCGAAUCUCGUUACUGGGUCACCGGAAAUUAUAUUUUCGAUUAUCGUGAUUCGAAAUUCGGUAUUGGCGCUAUGUUGCAAGUAUUUUUGGUAGGUGACUCGAAAUCAGACUUGCCAGUGGUUGCUUAUUUCAAGUUCGAUACAGAAGCUUUGGGCAAAUUUACCGGGCAAUUGGCGCUCUAUAUCAAGGCACGCGGUCUACCCGAUGCCAUAUUCCACAAAUUUUUGAAGAAUACCGCAACGCCCUUAAAAUUCGAACACAUUAAGGAAUUAUUGCACGCCCUGAAGGCGCCAAUUAUUGAAUCCAAACCGCUGCAUCUUGAAUUUAUCCUACAAAUGGAGGGUAAAACAGUUUUAUCGUAUUACCUGAAUCAGAAAACUUUUCAAAAACUAACCUACUCCGAUCUUAUCAAUCGCGUCAGUUAUAUCAUACGCGCUGAUAGUCACAUCAAUAUGCAAACCAUUCGCUGGCCCUUCAUGACCAAAUAUUCGGUACCCACAGUUUUGGGCACCGCUUCCGAUGUGCUACUCCAAACCACUGUACUCACUUCACUGCGUGGCAACAUUACACAACAUCGCACCAAUGAUGUCAUGAAAUCAGCGCUGGAGAUUGAUGCCCGUUACUCGUCGUACGCAUCGUGUCGCAGUCGUAGCUACAAUCCAUUCUUGAACUUGGAUCAUGAAAUCAAUCGUGAACAGGGCUUCCUUAUCUAUGUGCCGUUCAAUACUGAUCUAAAUAUGAAUAUUACUAGCAAAUGUUUGCGUUAUUCCUUCCAUCGUCCGGAGAAUAUGACAAGUGGACUUUCAUUUAAAUCGCGUUCGAUUACUUCGACGCGUGGACAGAUAACAAAAGCUACCCAGCCUUUUGAUGAAGUCUUGUAUCCCGAAAGGCUUGUGGAUGUGUUCCAGCUGUUCAGAUACGAUACAGACGAUUUGGGCAUUUCAGUGUCCAUUAAAACAAAUCUAAACGAAUUGAAUAAGUACCGCGGCAUGCUGCUCAAGUCAGAGUUUAUGGAAAACGGUUUCUCACGCAAUAUGGUCAUAAACUUUAUAAUGUAUGUUUUUGGUGUUGCACAAUUGAGUUCGAUACAUCUUGGACAUGACCGAAACUUUACGAUGCUUGUGCAGAAUGAAAAACCAACGAAGAUCGAUGGCUCGAUUUGUAAACAAGAUCUAAUAAACACGGCCGAUAAAAUUGGACAGCAGCUCAGCUUUACCAUGGAGCAUUCGAGUAAUUUAGACGUCUCGGAAGCUCUGCACAGCUGGAACGUUACAAUGGAUAUUUACUCCUCAACUAAGAAUAACUGGUUUAAUGUAAUUGGCACUUUGGAACGCACAUCGAAAGUCGACACUCGCGACUGGAGGGUAUGUUAAAAGAGAAAACCGAAGGGCUAAAUGAAAAAAUUUCGCAUAAUAAAAAAAAAAACUCGAUGUGUGGGUUCACUCCUGUUUGGUUAUCUCCGUAGUGAAAUGGGUAUCUGGUUAUAUUUUUUAUUCAAUUUAGAAUAAAAUACACUAGGGGUAUUCAUAUAACGUAAUAAACUGCCGAUAAACGUGAAAAAAUUAUAAGAUCCAUACAAAUUCAUAGUUUCAUCACGUUUAUCGGCAGUUGGUGACGUUAGAUUAAUACCCCUACUAUAGAAUAAUAAUUUUUAACCAGAUAACUAUACAAGUGUAGACUAUAGGGUGGCUCGAAAAUACAUGGGACGAAAAAAAAAUAAAAUGUUAAGCUUUCAGUGCCAGGAAUUUUUCUACAUCGCGUGUAUUUUAUAUGGUAUAGAAUUCUUGAAAAUUAAGAGCUUCCGAUCGAUAAAUAUUGGUUUUCUACGAAACACUUUAUUAGCUUUGACGCAUCC